CUGGAAUGCCAACUUGCGCCUGCGAAAAUCGUGGAUUGCGACUGUCCACUGCCUACAAAUUGAGCGUCGUGCCCAAGAGAAGUUCAGCACUCGAACCCAUCAUCUAGCGACUUUUCAAGCCUCGACGUGAUCUUCUUCUUCCACCUCCAGCCAAGCGGAGCUCAGGGAAGGGAAACAUGUCUGCGAAGGCUGGCAAAAUCCUGGUCGAGUCGGACGCGGGAUCGUACGUGGCGUGGUCCGGCGCCGACCAGCCGGAGCUCGCCAUGGAGGGGCUCGGGUGCGGCCUGCUCGUGCUCAAGCCCCUCGGCCUUGCGAUGCCGCACUAUGCCGACUCCCACAAGUUCGGCUACGUCCUCGGAGGCAGCGGGGUGGUCGGGGUCCUCCCGGUGGGGGGUGGCGCCGCGGAGAGGGUCGUCCGGCUGGAGGCAGGCGACGUCAUCUCCGUGCGCACGGGGGACGUCUCGUGGUGGUACAACGACGACGCGAACAGCGCCGGCGCCGACCUGUCCAUCGUGUUCAUUGGCGACACGGCACGCGCCGUCAGCCCGGGGGACAUCUCGUACUUCUUCCUCGCCGGCGGCAACAGCGUCCUGCGCGGCCUCGACGCCGCGGCGUGGGCGCCGGGCGUGUCCACGGAGCAGGCCGCUGCCGCUUUCCGGAGCCAGCCGGCCGUUCUCCUCACGAAGCUGAGCCAGAGGCUGCCCGGCGUGUGCCCGCGCGAGCACGACAGGACGGGGCUCGUAACGAACUCCGGCCACGUCGCCGCCGGGACCGUGAAGACGCUCACCGCGGCGGACCUGGGUGAUCUCGGGAUCAGCGCGGCGCUCGGGAGGCUCGAGGCCGGUGCUGCACGCGCACCGUGGGUGGUCCGGGAGGGCGCGGCGCAGGCGGUGUACGUGGCACGGGGGAGCGCGCGCGUCCAGGUGUCGUCUAACGCGGGCGGCGAGACGCUGCUGCUGGACGUGGAUGUCCCCGCGGGCAGCGUGUUCGUGGUGCCGCGGUUCGCCGUCGCGUUCCUCGCCGCCGGCGCCGACGGCGUGGAGUGGGUGUCGCUGAUCAAGAGCCCCAGGCCGGCGGUGGAGCAGCUGACCGGGGAGGGCUCGGUGCUCGGCGGCGUCGCGGCGGAGGUUGUGCAGGCCUCGCUAAACGUGGCGCCGGAGCUGGUGGAGCUGAUCGGAGCAGGCCGCCGUGCCGCACCGUCGAACUGAGUGCCGUAUCGUGCUCUGGUUUUGCCUUAAGAAGUUGCGUGCUUGUGCGUACGAAAAGAGGCUCUGGUCUCUCCACAUUGGAUCUGUCAUUUUACGCUGCCUGUAUACGUGGUUACACGUGCGUACGUAUGUCCAGGGGAAUACGCAACAAUAAUUUCGUGUUUCUGCUGUUCUCAUGAAAUGGAAAGUUGUGCCCGUAUUUGCUCUUUGAAAA